AUGGCGUCCCUGGCAGCUUCCUACAUCUCUGCUACUGGACUGUACGAGAAGGCGCUGAUUCGAUUGGUCACCCUUGGACAACCGCGUACUGGUGAUGCAGCCUGGGCCAAGUGGCAUGAUACCAACGUACCGUACACCCUGCGAAUCACCCAUUCUCAUGAUAUGGUGGUUCACGUCCCCGUGGAAUUGAUGGGCUAUUCGCAUCAUAUGAGCGAGGUGUUCUUCAAGGGAGAUAUGGGAUCGGGAGCUACCUACACGUUGUGUGAGGCUGAUGACAGCAAGUCCUGCUCGGACGGAAACCUAACUGAUCUGUCCAUCAACGACCAUCUCCACUACUACGACAAGGAUGUCUCGGGAUACGGGGAAGCUGGAUGCACCGGAAAUGGCGCCGAAUCCUUCAUCCCAUUCGUCCCACCGCAA